AUGUUUGGACAUAAUGAUAGAACCAGUGACAAUGCCUUGCUUGCACGAGUUAUGUACGCCGUGUUUCCGUACAAAUGUGCAAGAAACCAGCUUGACUUGCCCCCUGUGUCGAAUGAGAAUCAGCAGUUGGGCACGAAGAGCAACACGGGAAAACAAACUGAUCAACCAAGCGCGCUGGGUUUCGCCCCGCGCCGGAACACAACCCAGCCGCUGAUAGCCGCUUUGAGCGGGGGAGGUGCGAAAGGAUAUACUGGGUUGGAUCCGACGAGCCCCAGCGCGCAACUGCGAAAGGUACAGGAGGAGCUGCGGAUACAGAGGGAGUUGGAGGAGAGGCAGAGCGUGGAGCUGAUACGACAGCUUCACGACGAAGACCGCGCGAUGCGGGCCGAGCACGAUCUCCGCAUGAAGAAGGACCGUCUCGUCGCGAGUCAGGAGACGUGUUCGUCGACGGUGAACGACGCGCUCAAACUCAGAUCGAUGUCGGCAGGACAGAAACACACGAGCAGCUGUUCAGAGAUGACGACGCGCGUCGCCUCGGCUCCCGUCCGAUGCAACGCCGAGUUUCAGGCGCCACCUGGACCGGGCAAGGAAAACAAGAGGCAGCAUGCGUCGUCUCGCUCAAAGUCGCGCGAGACGAGCAGCAACCCGUCGUCGACGUUCCUGUUGCCUAGCAACCCCUCGUCGUCACUGUCAUCGUUGUCCGGAAGCAGCGGCGGAUCGAUGGCGAUGGAGAGCGGAGGAGGGUUCGCGAGUCAGGCCAGCAGCAGCGGCGGUGUCGUGGAUGCAGCAACCACGAGCAGCGGCGGCAGCAGCAGCAGCAGCAGCAGUAAGGGGAAGCAUCAUAGAAGCCAUAGCGUGGAGAGCAACGACAGCAUCUCGGAGGAGCUGCGACACUUCAAGCCGAUCCACGCGAUGCCGCGGACGCCGCCGCGCCGCAUGACGUCAGUCGAGACUGACGAAAGAUCUGAUUUAGUCAGGACUAUCGAUCGAUCGUUGGAAAGUUUCAUCGAUGCAGUUACUGGAUACCCAUCUUCCGUCUGA